AUGUCGGCAUAUCCGACAACACCCCGCGGCAAAUCAGCCUACAACCCCAUAACACCAGCAACCUCUAGACUUGCAGCACCACCAUUAACACAGUCGUCACCUCACUAUGCCACAACGCGUCGCCAUUCGCUGUACGGUGUCGAAGACCGCGUCGUCAUCGACCCUGGCUCUCGUAUCUGGAAAGUAGGCUUCAGCGGUGAAGGAAAGCCUCGGGAUGUGUUUUACGCGACUGGACCGUCUGGAGAAAGCCUGUGGAAGCUUGAAAGGGCGUCCGACCAGCAGAAACGAGCGGAAGAAGACAAGAUGUUGGAGAUUCGGCUGCAGCGUACGAUUCGUUCGGUCUUCCAUGAUUCUCUUUUGACAGAUCCCAAGGCUAGAAAGGUCAUUCUUAUCGAGUCGCCCUUGCUGCCUUUGUAUAUCAAGGACAUGAUGGCUCAAAUUCUGUUCGAGAAUCAAGUACGGGUUCCAUCUGUCUCUUUUGCUCCAAGCCAUCUGCUUUCUCUCAUGGCGGUGGGCAGAAUAACUGGCCUUGUCAUCGACUGUGGUCACCUCGAAUCGGUCGCGCUUCCAAUAUUUGCCGCUCGACCUCUAUACCCUCAAAUACAAACCACUCCUCUGGCUGGUUCUCGCCUCACCUCCCACCUCCGAGCCCUGCUCCUCAUGUUCGCGACCUACCUGCCCCCUCCGACCUCCCUCAGCGCGGCCAUCAAUGUACCCAUAGCCAACCGUGCAACCCGUGUCCCACCAGAAGUCCUCUCAGACGCUGUCGUCGAAGAAAUCAAAACGCGGUGCUGUUUCGUGGGCGACCCACUGACCGACGAGCAGAUGCACGACGACUCGAUGAUGGUGGACGUCUCUUCCUCUGACAUCGACAUGGAAGACCCCUCUGAAGGCGCACGAUCUGAAUCUGAAUUUUCCAGGAUGGAGAGCGUGUCGUCUUCGCAAGGUGGAGGGGUGGAUUCAGAGUUUUCGGUUGUCACGGGCGGUUCCGAUAUUUCUACGUCCCUCGCUCGUUCGGAGGGAACUUUGAAAACGAUGGAGAGGAUAUUUAAGAAGAACUCGACUGCUACGGACUUGCAGAUGAGGGUUACGCCGCCUGUGUCGCAGCAGACUGGAACGGGGCUUGGGACGUUGCUUAUUCCUGGGUGGAUACGAGAGCGGGCGGCGGAGGUAUUGUUUGAGGGAGAUGAUAUUGAUGAGAGUAAUCUUGCGGAGGUUAUCUUGGAUGUUUUGCUCAAGGUUCCCGUGGAUCUACGUAAAACAAUGGCUGCUUCUAUCCUAGUCACGGGUGGAACAGCUAUGGUACCCGGCUUCAUUCCCCGACUGCACGCAGAAAUUCUACGCGCUCUUGCGCCUCCACCUCCAACGCACCGACGCGAGGAAGGACGGGUUCCGUUACCACCGUAUGAUAAAUACGCGCCACUUCGACCUCUAACCCCAUUCUUUGCGAUCCUUAACAACCCAAAUCCACCUACGGCUAAAUCUGAAAGAGCGAAAGCAAAUGCGGGGAAGGCGCCUGCGUUUGCCCCGGCGAUGCUAUCGUGGGUUGGGGGUUCGCUAGCCGGGUCGUUGAAAACGGGUGGUGCGGAGGUACCUAGGGAAAAGUGGGAUGAGGGCGUGGAUGCCGGGGAGGACGAUGACGACGAUGGGGAUGGAAUGGGCGACAGACAUAUUUCGAUGACUCCGCAUACUCAGUCUACUACAUCUCCGAGGUCGAAGACUUUGCUGCCAGACUGGACGCGGUCGCCUUUACGUCCUGGCGCACCUCCUGCCAGAGCAGCAGCAACAGUCAAGUAG